AUGAUGCCUGGAGCAAAUGAGACACUCAGAGUGAUGGGAGAUUUCAUGGCAAUUGCUGAAAUGCCUGCUGUUGUUAGCUGCACUGAUUGCACUCACAUAGCUAUCCAAAAGCCAUCUGGGGAUCGACCUGAAAGCAACAUUUCCGAUAACAGCCGUCAGUGGGUAGAAGUGUGGGAUGAAAUCCAUCGAGGUCAUCAGCUUGGUGAUGUAGACUACCCUUGUCGCAGUUUCCUGCUAACACCUUUAGCCAAUCCUCAAUCCGGUCAAGAACAACGUUACAACAUUUCACAUACUACCACCAGAAAUUGCAUCAAAUGGGCUUUCGGUGUUCUCAAGAAGAUUUGGUUGUUUGGGCAAGAAGGUGCAAACAAGUCUGGAGAACAUAGAGGUUACGAUCAAGUCUGCAGCCAUACUCCACAACCAGUCAGACAGAGGGUGCCACUGCCAGAUGAUGUGCCACUUCAGCUAAAAGCAGAAGAUCCUGACAACCCAAAUCCUCUCCUUGUAAAUGCAGAAGGCAGUGUAGAACGCUGCCGGAUUAUUCAAAAUUACUUUUAG